AUGGCGUCAGCUAUAAUAUCGGUGCCACCGGAACUGUACGUGGAGAUCGCGCCUACAGUGCUGUAUGCUGAGCUCUUCAGCCAACGCGAUCAAGCGACCCCCGGCACACCCGCGAGUAACUUCAACGUGGAAGACCCUGUUUGGCCUACUGACAAGGCCACCGCUACGAUGAGGGCUCGAGUGUUAUCCGCCUAUUUCGGUGUGGUACCGCUUGACAUGCAGCAUACCGUCGUUGGCGUUGGCCAAAACCCUGAGGCCGUGAAGCUUGCAAAUCAAUUGUUUAAGAAGGUCCGGGAGAAUAUUCAAACCGAGAGAUACGAGCGCGGCUCGUUUAUCCAAGAGUUUGUGAAGGGAAAGGUCAGCACGCUCAACUUCCGAACACUUGUUACCAACUGGAAUCUCGACGCGCGCAUUUGUGAGAUCGAAGUUGCAGGCGAGACACCGGCUGCCGCAGCGAUCCGCAAUGCUAACUGUACGGUCUAUGAGACUGCAUUGACCGAGUUCCGACAACUCUGGAGGGACACAUAUGAACAGUCGUUCCAGUCGGCUUCAGCAAACGUUGGCAUUACCGGGGGACUCAAGAAGAAGCGGUAUGAGCGCGCUCGUGACUUGUACCGCGUCACAAAGGAUGAUCCAUCCGCCCCACCGCCAAACAUUGGCCAGCUGAGCGCACGUAAAUGCGAGCAAGCUAAGGAAGUUCCGUUCGCCUUCCGCGCAAAGCAAGAUCGUCUAGCAGGUCGUCCGUCCAACCCAUCACACAGAUUCCAUAAGAUUGUUGAUAAUUCUUUACAUUCAUUUAGAUCCUCAUAA